AUAAAUGCUGCACGUGCAUUUAUUUUUAAUAUUGCCCUGUUGGCUCAAAACAAAGACAAGUUCCCCUACUUGGAUUCCAAAUCGUUCACAAGGGAUCCUUUUUACAGUAAAGAUACAAGAGAUGUAUUCAGGCUGUUCUUUGGUUCACCUGAUCAAAAAACAUCCUAUAUUCAGGUUUACAUUCUUAGUCCUGUGUACCUUCGGUUUGGUGGGUCUCUGUGCCGCUGUUUGAUGAAGUGGAUCAAAGCGGACUACAUGGACCCUAGUGAUGACAGCUAUUGGACACCGCCAGGUCCGGCUGUAGAACAGACUGAGGACAAACACUCAGACGAACCUCCAAAACAUUUGCUCUGUGAACAAUGCAUAGACUUGUGUGCAACAUUGUAUUUGCGUGAAAAAUUUUAUGGAGAUGAGAGCGGUCCUAAGUUUCUUGAAUUUUGGUCGCGUGGCGAUCCCCGUUUCAACGACAGAUGUAAUCCCUUGUAUAACCCUGUUGCUUUUUCUGACACAGAUUGGAGAGAUGACUGCGAGAUAGAAGAUUACCAGGAGUUUUUUUGUUAUGUCAGAGCCAAAUAUGAAAGAGAGAAGGAUAUGUGUGUUAGAUGUCUUGAAUUGCAGAAGGAGGAAAAAUCCACAAAGAAGCCUAAGAAGAAGAAGAAGAAGAAGAAGAAAAAAUUAAUGGAUGUGAAAAAUGAGCCUCAAGCUGGCGAUGAUGAAGUUGACGCCAGUCUUGUGAACUCGAAGGUUGCAGAGUCGGCGUGUGUUGUUGCAGAGUCGGCGUGUGUUGUUGCAGAGUCGGCGUGUGUUGUUGCAGGGAAAGGUGAAGGAAAUAAAGAGAGGUGGCCAUUUUCAAGUAAUACAAAAAGAAUGGAGAGUGUAGUGCACAGUAUUAUACCGGGCAAGAAAAAUGCUAACAGCUUCAGUGUGGUACAGCUUGAUGAUAUCUCAACUAAAUGUUUCGAAACCACAAUAACCAUUGCCGGAUCUAAGCAUGAUUCAUUUAGCAGUGACAUGGAUAUGGAUGACUUCGCUCCCCUGGCAAUGUCGUCGGCCAUUCUGAAGGCUAAGAUCCCCAACCUACCUAGCAAGAUGGAGCUGUGGCAAGGAUCUCACUGCUGUAUAGUUGUCCUUAACUACAUGAGCGAGGAACCGGAAAACCCGACAAACUUCAACCUCAAAGUUUUGGGAUCUAACAAUAACACCGUCAUGUCUAUAAUGUUUCAGUUACUUCGUUAUGUUGGCAAGCGCAAGCAGCGUCCCUGUCCCGGCUGGACGAUGGUGGUUGAUGACAUACUGACGUGCAUCAUGCUGGAAGAAACUCACAAACACGAGCAGCUGGUCAUCAGCAUCCAGAGGGGAUUUCACCCCGCCAGUUGCUUGUCCGAUGAAGGCAGAACAACUUUGAUUGAAAAUGUAGAUGUUAAAUGGAUGAAUGAGUCAACCGAAGAUGGUGAUGCUAUGGUUGAUAGAAUGACAAAGCAGGAAUUAAUCACAGUUCUAGAAGACAUCUGUGAAGGAAUUGCAAUGGAUCUGGACGAGUUUGUGGUUAUGAAGGAUGGUACCAUUAUUCACAUGAAGGCUGGAGGACCCCCAGUUAUUGACAUCAGAGGUUGCUCGGAGCGAGAGAAACACCUUUCAGAUGGUUUGCCCAUUGAUUUCCGCACGCUUCUUACCAGCAGACAGGUUGAAGGGCCUAUUUGGGACUUGAUCUCAUCCAAUAGAGAAAAUUAUGACAUCCUUCUCAUGCAUAAGAACAAUAAAGCUGCAUUUGCCGACGUUUCCGCUACUAGUUCGAAUAUAUGCGAGUACUUCAAAAAAGAUAGCUAUGCAGUUGUAGGGUACUCCAGCAAGGGACUUUGUACACUAGACAAAACUGGUCAGGAAGCAGAGUCCAGCGAUCUGCUGAAGAAACAGAUUGAUAAGCAUCAGGUUGUUGAAGAAAGUCUGCUGAAGAAACAGAUUGAUAAGCAUCAGGUUGUUGAAGAAAGUCUGCUGAAGAAACAGAUUGAGAAGCAUCAGGUUGUUGAAGAAAGUAAAAGCAAUACUGAUGAUGAAUUUUGCAUAUCCUUGGCCAGUAGGAGAAAAGAAGCCACGCCUCGAAAGAAAUCACCUGUUAAAAUGGUUGGGCCUUUCAUUGCCACUCCACGUGCCGGGCAGGAAAAGCGACUAGAAAAGCUGCAACAAAUGAAGAAGAAAAUUGUCACGAUCCAACACAUUCUUAUCAGUGCAUGCGAGAAGCCCGACGAACACGAGAAAGGCUGCACUUGCUGCGAGGUCAAGUUCACAAUGCAGAUUGAGAACGAUGGCGACAGCUACACGGUAAAGCUCUUCCUGUCCGACUUGAGCCCGGGCAUUGAGAGAACGUGUCGGAAGGACGAACUGAGUUCAACAAUCAGGUCAACUCUCUGUGAUCAGAUCAACGAGCAGAUGCCGUUCCUUGGGGUCGACAGAGUUGAUGUCCAAGUGAAGGAGGACAAAAACGGAGGGCUCAAAAUCAACCUCAACAUGUUUGGCUAUUCCAGAGAGCCCCCUGUGUUCAGUUUCUCUGGACCAGGAGCAUGUGUACAGCAGAAGGCCAAACCGCACAGUAAAGGCAAAAAACAAACCUGCGUGAUUACUUUCAAAACCAAGGUUUCAGAUGUUCCAUUUCCUGGCCAGCGUCUGCGUACCGAAGCAUCCAUUUUACCGGACCACAAUACCACCCAGACUGUGUCUCAGGACAAAACCUCGGCUAAUAGUCUGGUCGAUGGUCACGACGUGACCACCACAUUGAAAGAAAACGUGUGGAAGGUGAAGAAGGUGAAAGCAGCUGGUUGUGGCGUCCAGUUGGAGACGACUCCGUGUGCCAGCCCAGACGCUAACUGUGAGCGGAACCACUCGAGUGAGGGAUCGGGGAAGAGAAAACUGCGAGUGUGUUCGAACUGUCGGUUAGAGGAGGACAAACCAAAACUCUUCAAAAAGUGUCAAAAAUGUAAACAAGAAUCCAUCAGAAAUGCCAGAUAUUACUGUGGAAAAGAGUGUCAAGUCACCGACUGGAUAUCGAGACACAAACAGGAACAUGUGGAUGGAAGUUUGCUGUGAAGUUACCAGCAAAAUGUACAAGAAGAGAUAAUUGUGAAGUUACCAGCAGCCCGUACAAGUAGAGUGAAGUGAAGUUACGGUCUCGGCAGAUAACAAGAGUAGCGAAGAAAUUUUGACUUUACAAGACAGUGCAACAACAACAACAACAACAAAAAAACCCAUCAAUCAACAUUAUGGACUGUUUCCGAAAAUUUACUAUAAACAUUAAGUAUAAUUAGUUUAAUGUAUCAGAAACCGUUGUUUCAUAUCAUUCCGUUACCUGUAAAACAUUUAGUUUACAGUGGGAAGCAACAAUAAAGCAUCAAACAGUUUGGAUGCUGGCUGUUAAUCAUGUUCAAUAAAGACAUUUAAAUCUU